AUGCUCAAGUGGAACCAUAUGCCGGAGGAAGCGCGGCACGAUGAGCGCGGGCGACGCGUGUGCACGGGCUGGUUCGUCAAGUCGCCCCCCCCCGAGAGGAAGCUGCAGCGCUACGCCUGACGCAGGCGCUGGUUCAUGCUGCGGCGGGGCCGCCUGAGCGGCGACCGCGACGUCCUGGAGUACUACCGCAGCCAGCGCGCCCGCAAGCCCAUCCGCGCCAUCGACCUCAGCGAGUGCGCCGUCUGGAAGCACGCGGGCCCGGGCUUCCUUCGUAAGGAAUUCCAGAAGCAUUUCGUGUUCGUUGUCAAGACUGCAUCUCGCACGUUCUAUCUGGUGGCCAAGACGGAGGAGGAAAUGCAGGUGUGGGUGCACAGCAUCAGUCAGGUGUGCAACCUCGGCCACCUGGAUGACAGAGCAGAUUCUGUGGAGAGCGGCUCUCGCGCGCCUUUCUGCGAGCAGCCCUCCGCCGCCAGCUCCCUUCACACCGCCCCUGCUGUCAGCUCCCUGCCAAGAGAUGACCCGAGCACUAGUAUGGCAGCCACUGAGAAAACCGGAAGUGAGGCAGGGUUUCUCUUCCUCCCUGAUUAUCUGAUUCUGUCCAACUGCGAGACGGGAAGACUGCACCACGCCAGUCUCCCCACCAGAUGUGACAGCUGGUCAAACUCGGAGCGCUCACUGGAACAGGCGUCCUUCGACGACGUUUUUGUGGACGGCCCGCAGCCACUGCCCUCCGGGAACCUGGCCUGCCCCUCACGCCCUGGGAACAGUUCUCAAGAGGCCCUUUCCACGAGGCCCCAGGCUGCCCUGAUCUGGACAAGAGAUGUCAAUGGCCCGUCCAGGGACCACUUUUCUUUACCAGUGCUGGAAACUUCCUUAAAUUAGGGAGAUCAAAACCAAGCUUCCUUGCCCUAUGGGGUAAAAGGACUAGAUGUUAUGUCCAACACGCCACCUCCCCGCCCCCCUAAGCCGAGCCAUCUCUCUGAACGGCGCCACGAGGAGCAGCUCCCGUGUGGUGGGCCCAGUGGCAUCAAGAAGCCAGAAGGCGCUGUGGUACCGAGAAGAAUCUCUCUCUCCGGUUUAGAUAACAUGAGAACCUGGAAAGGUGAUGUAGAAGGCCAAUCUUUAAGACACCGAGAUAAGCGGCUAAGUUUAAAUUUGCCGUGCAGGUUCUUCCCAAUGUCCCUUCCGGCUUCCACCAGCACUGAGGACAGCUACGUGCCCAUGGGCCCCCAGGCCAUCGCCUCUGCUCUCGGACCCCACUGCAGCCCUGACGACUAUAUCCCAAUGAGCUCAGGAAGCAUCUCCAGCCCAUUGCCUGAGCUCCCAGCGGACCUGGAGCCUCCCCCCGUGAAUAGAGAUCUCAAGCAUCAGAGGAAACCACGGUCACCUCCCCUGGACCUGAAAAGCCUCUCCACCAUCUGGGAACACACGUCUCUCACCAGAACCCGCACUGUGCCUUGCAAUCGAACCAGCUUUCUCUCUCCAGAAAGAAAUGGUAUUAAUUCUGCAAGAUUUUUUGCCAAUUCUGUUUCCAGAGAAGAGGAACAAAGCUACAUGCAAAUGGAGGAGCACGGAGAAGCCAACUUGCUGAGCAGUGGAGCCCUGACGUGGACGAGGAAAUUCAGCCUGGAUUAUUUAGCCCUGGACUUCAACUCAGUGUCACCAGCCCCUGUGCAGCAGAAACUCCUCUUCUCAGAGGAGCAGAGAGUAGACUACGUGCAAGUGGACGAGCAGAAGACGCAAGCUCUGCAGAGCACAAAGCAGGAGUGGACGGACGAGAGGCAGUCCAAAGCGUGACGGCGCUGGGCUGCGGGCAGGGGCUCUGAGGGGGGCCGGCCCUCGUCAGCGGCCGCGCUCGCCCCUGCCGAGCCUCAGGCCGGUGCGCCGGGACGUAGACAGCUCCAUCCCGGCAGGGUGGGAGCCACCAAAGCAAAAGAGGCGUCAGAAAUCUUCUCCAGUGGAGCCUUUGACGUGCAGA